AUGUCUUCUGAAUUUAUGGAAGAUUUCUAUUUUUUAUUAAUAGAAAUCGAACUGGACAAUGCAUAUUUUAAUACAACUAAUGGUAAAAAAGAGAUCGCAAAUUUGGAAAAGAUAUUAGAUUCAUUAUUGAAAGUUAAACAUGAUAAUGUAAAUAGAUUAUAUGGCUAUACAGUGGAAAGGACUGGAAGAAAUAAUAAUACAUUUGUUUGGAAGAUAAAAUUAUUGACAGAAUAUAUUAAAGGUUAUCCUAUUGGUGAUAUGAUACAGUCAGUUGGAUUUGUUAAUUUAGCAACUGCUCGUGUUUGGAUUAUUAGGAUGUUGGAAGGGUUAGAAGCUUUACACAGAGUCGGUAUAUAUCAUAAGUAUAUAUCGGUACAAACCAUUCAAUUGGUUAAGGACUCUGAUUUUGGAUCAACGGUACCUAAACUGAUGCAUCCUGCAUAUGGUUAUACACUUUUACAAAUGUUAUUUAGGUAUCCUAACAAACAAAGCUCGACAGUAUCCUUUCCGGUCUUGUCUUGGUGUCCUCCAGAACUGGAAAAGAUGAAGAACCCCAAACCUCAAAGAACUACUGAUAUCUGGGAGAUGGGUGUAUUGUUUAUUCAAAUUAUUAGUGGAGUUGAUACUGUGUUAAAUUUUUCAUCACCCGAGGAAUUCUUUGAAAAUAAUGAAAUGGAAGAAAGUUUACUAGAUUUCCUGGAGAAAAUGUUAAAUAGUGAUCCAAGGAGAAGGUUGGAUACUCUUCAGUUGUUACCUAUGAAAUUUUUAAGAACUAAUAUAGAUCUUGAUAUAAAUAGAUUUAACUUAAAACUUGAGAGAUCAACAACAGAUUUGCCCACAUUUCAGAUAUCUAAAAAUGAUACUAGAAGAUUAUCACAUUCAAGUACUGGAAGAAGAUCAUUUAACAUUGGCUCUAGAUUUUCCUUGACAAAUACUGCUUCUAAAUCAAGAUAUGCUACAGAUUUUGAAGAAAUUGCUGUACUAGGUAAAGGUGCAUAUGGACAAGUAGUAAAAGCACGUAAUACUUUGGAUAGUAGAUACUAUGCUAUUAAAAAAAUAAGGCACACUGAAGAGAAGUUGUCUAGUAUUUUGGGUGAAGUUAUGCUUUUAGCUAGUUUAAAUCAUCAAUAUGUGGUAAGAUAUUAUGCAGCAUGGUUAGAAGAAGAUUUUUUAGAUGAAAAUGCUAUUGAUUCAUCAGAUGACGAAAGCGAAAGUUCAAUCAUUAGUGAUGAUAGGAGUGAAAAUAAUGAGGAUUUAUUUAACAAGUCUAGUUUGGUGUAUAGCAGAACUACAGAUUUUGAUAAUAGUAACUGGGAUUUUAUCUCAAAUUCUGGUUAUCCAGAUAUUGUGUUUGCUAAUAGUUCUCAUAGUAACGAAAAUGUAGUUUUAGAAUCGUCUGAUAUAUUUAUUCGUGGUGGGGAGUCUGCUGAAGAAGAUAGCACAGAUUCUGAUGAUUCUGAGAGUAGUGAUAUUAAUUCAAUUGAGCCACAUUCAAAGAACGAUUUCAAACAAGACAAAUCUGUGACAAACAGAAUAAAAAAGAAAAGUACUUUAUUUAUUCAGAUGGAAUAUUGUGAAAAUAGAACAUUAUACGAUUUAAUUCAUAUUGAAAAUUUAAAUAAGGAAAGAGAUGAGUAUUGGAGAUUAUUUCGUCAGAUAUUAGAGGCAUUAAGUUAUAUUCAUUCUCAAGAUAUUAUUCAUAGGGAUCUUAAACCUAUGAAUAUUUUCAUUGAUGAGUCAAGAAAUAUUAAGAUUGGUGAUUUUGGGUUAGCAAAAAAUGUUCAAAGGUCUAUUGAUAUAUCAAAACUGGACUCUUCGAAUGUAUCUGGAAGUGUUGAUAAUUUAACAUCUGCAAUUGGUACAGCAAUGUAUGUCGCAGUAGAGGUCUUAAAUGGGAAAGGAAAUUAUAAUGAGAAAAUUGAUAUGUACUCUCUUGGUAUUAUAUUUUUUGAAAUGAUUUAUCCCUUCAGCACAGGUAUGGAAAGAGUAAAUAUUCUCAAGGGUCUUCGAUCAUCUAGCGUUGAGUUUCCAAAGGAUUUUGAUGUUAAUAAUUUAAGAAUUGAAAAGAAAAUUAUUAGUCUGUUAUUGGAUCAUGACCCUAACAAAAGACCAGGUGCAAAGGCAUUACUGAAUAGUGGGUGGUUACCUGUAAAGCAUCAAGAUGAGGUUAUAAAGGAAGCUUUAAAAAGUUUGGCAGAUCCCUCAUCACCAUGGCAACAAGAAGUUAGAACAAGUUUAUUUUCCCAAUCCUAUAGUCUAACUAAUGAUAUUUUAUUUGACAACAAACAAAUUGUAACAACCCCAUUUGCUCAAAUACUGAGAUUUCAAAUGACGCAAGAAGUAAUAAGGAUUUUUAAAGAACAUGGUGGGAUUGAAAAUAAUGAACCACCACGUAUUUUUCCUAAAGCAGCCAUUUAUGGUAAUCAAAAUGUUUAUGAAGUUCUUGACCAUGGAGGUACUGUUCUUCAACUACAAUAUGAUCUCACAUAUCCUAUGGCAAGAUAUUUAUCAAAACAUCCUAAUUGUGUUUCAAAGCAGUUUAGGUUACAAUUUGUGUAUCGUCCUCCUGAUCAAUUAAAGUCAAGCCUUGAACCAAGAAAAUUUGGGGAGAUUGAUUUUGAUAUUAUUUCAGCUUCUUCAUCUCAAUCAUCAUUUUAUGAUGCAGAAAGUAUUAAAAUUAUUGAUGAGAUAUUAACUGCAUUUCCUGUGUUUGAAAAAACUAAUACCUUAUUUGUUAUUAAUCAUUCAGAUAUACUAGAUGCAGUCUUUGAUUUUAGUAAUAUUGACAAAGCUCAAAGAUCAAUUAUAUCCAAAAUGUUAUCCCAAAUUGGAUUUGGUAAGACUUUCAAGGAGGUGAAAAAUGAAUUGAAGUCGCAAUUAAACAUUACUUCUACAGCAUUAAAUGAUUUAGAAUUGUUGGAUUUUAGACUAGAUUUUGAGACAGCAAAAAAAAGAUUGCAUAAGAUUAUGGUGGAUAGUCGUCAUUUGAAAAAAGUGGAUGAUUCCUUGAAUUAUGUUUCUAAGGUUCUUUCUUUUUUAAAGCCUCUUGAAGUUUCUAGAAAUAUUGUUCUUUCUCCUUUGAGUAAUUAUAAUAGUGCAUUUUAUAAAGGUGGAAUAAUGUUUCAAGCAGUUUAUGAUGAUGGUUCAAAUAGGAACUUAAUUGCCGCUGGUGGAAGAUACGAUAAUUUGAUUUCGUAUUUUGCAAGACCGUCUGCUGUACAGAACUCUGGUAGAAAAAGAGCAGUUGGUUUUAAUCUAGCAUGGGAGACGAUCUUUGGUGUAGCUCAAAGUUAUUUUAAAUUGGCUGGGGGAAAUAGAGUCAAAAAGAGAAAUAAAUUCUUAAAAUCAACGGCAAUUGAUUGGAAACCAAGUAGAUGUGAUGUUUUAAUAUCAAGUUUUUCUAAUUCAAUUUUAGAUACAAUUGGUGUUUCAAUAUUAAAUCAGCUAUGGAAAAAAGAUAUUAGAGCUGAUUUAUUACACAACUCAUACACAGUGGAUGACGUUGUUUCUUCAGCUCAACAGGACGGUAUUGAGUGGAUAAUUUUGAUUAAACAACAAUCGUAUAAUGUUUCUUCACAUAAAAGGAAAUAUAAGCCACUAAAGGUUAAAAAGUUGAGUAACAAUUUGGAUAUAGAUUUAGAUGUUGAAGAAUUUUUACAAUUAUAUCAACACGAAAAUAAUAUUGACAAGGGAUUGGGAGAAGAUACAUUGUUGCUUGGUGAUAAACAUGAAGAUUAUAAUUAUUGGGAUGAAGGUAGUAGUGCAAGUAGUAGCCAAGAUGGAGAUAAACAUAAUGAUGAAAUACAUUCAACUAGUCAAAAGGUGGUUUAUGUACCAAAUCUAGCUAACAGGUCGAAAAAGGCUAAUAAAAGAGAAAAAUGGGUUUAUGAAGAUGCAGCAAGAAAGGCCUCAAAUGUGAUUGUGAAUAGUCUAUCUACCGCUCCUAUCAUUACAAUAGACGCUUUAAGAGAUGAAACUAUGGAGAUUAUGGCAAUAACAUCGUUGGCUCAAAAAGACGAAUGGUUGAGGAAAGUAUUUGGUUCAGCAAAUAAUUCUACGCCUAGAAGUUUUGCAACUAGUAUUUAUAACAGUUUGUCGAAGGAAGCUUCCAGGGGUAAUAGAUGGGCAAUUCUUCAUAGUCAUAAGACAGGUCAUUCGGUUAUUAUUGAUUUACAAAGGUGA